AUAGAACAUCAAGGCGAUGGGCAACUAGGAAGCUCUUGUGUUUCUGAUGCUCAAUGUGAUACUAAUAUUUGUCGUCGUGCCGAUAAAGAUGGAGACAAAUGUCAACAAACAGAUACACGAGUACAAGGAGACGCUUGUCUUUGCGAUGCAGCAUGCUUGA